AUGGUUAGAAAGGCACGACUUCGUUCCGAUGCAGCAAAUAACUCAGUGUUUCUCCCCAUGGAACUCAUCAUCGAAAUCCUAUCUCUGCUUAGCGUAAAAGCCAUCCUGCGAUUCAAAUGUGUUUGCAAGUCAUGGAACACUCUCACAUCCGAUUCAAACUUGGUUGAUAAACAUCUUAAGGUAUCGUCACAGAAGCCACACCUCACUUUAACUUGGUAUCAAAACAAUGCAGAAUUUACCAAGAAUGUAGUACCCUUCCCCGUGCACCGUUUACUCAAAAAGCCAUCUGCCACCGUUGCCAGCGAUGAUUUCCAUCGUAUGGAGAUCCCUUCCAGGUUCGUUGGUUCAUGUAACGGAUUGCUCUGCUUUCUUUCUUGGAAACCUAGAGAACAACCUUUCAAGUAUUUGCUCCAUAUCUCCAACCCUGCCACCAGAACAAGAUCUCAAAUAUUUGAGUUCAUAUAUGGCCGCAAUUUUCAUUUCACAUUUGGUUAUGAUGCUUUAACCACAACUUAUAAGAUUGUAGCUUUUGGUACUAAUGAAAAUAGCGAGGUUAAAGUUUUCAAUCUAGGUGAUAAUAAUUGUUGGAGAAAUAUUCAGAAUUUUCCGGUGCUUCCAAAUAAUAGGUUGGAUCAUUAUGAUAUGUUCCCCUGCCUUAAUACUGGUGCACAUCUCUAUGGCACCAUUAAUUGGUUGGCUCUGGACAAGUCUAUCACUCCUAUUGACCAAUUUGUGAUUGUUUCGCUGGACCUUUCCACGGAGACAUACAAACAGUUUCUGCUGCCUGCAGCUCUCGGUUUUGAUCAUGGGCCAAUUUCUCAGCCGAGUCUUAGGGUUCUAAUGGACUGUCUUUGUUUUUUUCAUGGUUCCAACCGAACUGAAUUUAUUUUAUGGAAGAUGAAGGAGUAUGGAGUUCAAGAGUCUUGGACUCGAUUAUUUAAGAUCAGUUACCUAAACCUUGCAAUGAAACUUCCAAUUCGCCUUCCAGUGAAGCUUCGGAUGCAUAACAUUGAGUAUUGCUUACAUUAUCCAUUGGCAUGCCUUUAUGUAAAUGGUGAUAUCGUAAUUUUUGCAUGUGAAUGUUGCAAAAAAUCAUUUAUCUAUAAUUUAAAAGAUAAAACAGUAGUUAAAAUUAAAAGUAGAAAUACCAUAUACUGGUUCUUUGAAUCAAAGGAUUAUGUAGAAAGUUUGGUUUCUGUCCAUUGA